AGGUUAAUUUCCUAGAGAAUGCCAAAAUGAAGUAUCUCAUCUUUUCCCUGACUUUACUGUUAAUUCAAUUCAAACCCUUGAUAGCUACAGAUACAUUCUUUAUAUCUAUUCAGGAGGAAGAACAAGGUAUAACGGAUCGAGCAGUGGUUAAACCAUUGGUAGAGUGGACUCAAGUAAACUUGACCAGCUUUUCAAUCUGCUUUUGGGCAUACAGCAAGUUUCAAAAUGAUGCGAUGAGUACAUAUGCCACCCUGUAUAUAACAUCUGAAGAGGUUCCAUCCAACCCUUCUUUUGGGAUUAAUUCCUUUGCUGACACUGAAAAUGGACAUGAUGGAAGGAAUAUUAAUAUUGGUAUAGAUCUUGGCAAAACCAAACUGGACAUGAAAAGUAAAAUUGGUCAUCGUAAGUGGGAUCACAUUUGUUGGUUACAUUCAGACAACAAAGGAAAGAUAUAUGUCAAUGCUGAGCUAUCGUCUGUGUUUGAGCUAACAAGUGGAGCAUUUGAUUUUAUGGACGGAUACAGAGAUACUACAUUUGAUAUGAUGCUUGGUCAAGAACCUGAUUCAUGGAUUGGAGAUUUUAAUCCGAAACAGACUCUACGAGGACGAAUAUCAGAAUUUAAUGUUUGGAAUUCAAAAAUUUCCUUUAACAUGGUUUCAGAGAUGGCCAAAUGUAAAACAAGACACCAGGGAAACAUUGCAAAAUGGGAGAUUGGCAAUCUUGUAUUUUACAAUACCUCAGCUCAGAGUAUGCAAUACGAGGAUUUUUGCGCACCCUCGGAAAAAUUGUUUUUAGUAUCUGAUAAAAUGUUGCUGUCAGAAGCAAUUGAUUAUUGCAAGAUUCAUGAUGCUCACCUGUAUGCUCCAAGCUCGGAAGAAAAGAAUGAACAACUGGGUGCCAUGCUUGCUAAAAAGUAUAACAGUUGUGUAAUCCCUAAUAUUGGACACACAGAAGGCGUACUGUCAUGGAUUGGAAUUCUCAAAAAUGAAAGUGGUCAAAUUAUUAAUUUGAAAGAUGGAGUACCCCCUAGCUAUACUAAUUUUAAGAUAGCACCUACUGAUAUCAGUAAAUGUUUUCUCCUAAGAACUGAUGGUUAUUACUAUGCUGCAUUAAGGGAAUGCAUCUCGCUUAAGAUGUGUUUUGUAUGUGCUUUUACAGCUGAUCCAUUGUAUACGCUUAGAGGCACAUGUUUACAGUCAACUUACACUUUAAACUAUUAUUUGGAACCAAACAAUGAAGGUGUCUCUUAUGUUGGCUAUAAAGGAGGGAGAAUAGAUGGAAACAGUUCUCAAUGGUCAAUUAGUAAUCCAGUACUAAGUGAAGGAAAUAGUGUUCUAACAAGUGAAAAGAAGCCAAGAGCUCACCCUCUGGGACGAAAUAUGUGGAGAGUAAAUGAUUCAACAUGCGGUCGAGAUAAUAUUUUGACCCAGCUUACCAUAUCAGCCUGUAGUGCUUCAGACUACUUUACGUGCGACUCUGGAGAAUGCGUUCCGCUCUCUGCUCGAUGUAAUGGAACUAUUGAGUGUUUCGAUGAAUCCGAUGAGCUUAAUUGUCUCAUGGUAGUAGUUGAUGAAACUUACAUUAGUGCCUUGCCACCAGAGUUGUCUGAUAAUUUUAAUCCCCUUAACAUUAGCCUGGAAAUCCUUCAAUUUGACAAGAUUGACACCUUGGAGUUAACCAUAACUUUCACAGUGGAAAUAAGAAUUCAAUGGGUGGACCCCAGGAUCAUACUUGAUAGCAUUGAGACAGAGACAGAGCUUGAAGAGAAUGCAAGAGAACAAAUGUGGCUUCCCCUAGAGUAUGUUGUAUUUGAAAAUGGACUUCUGGGAAGGACUGAGAUUGAUGACGAUUUUACUGUAACAGCUAACCCAAUGUCGCAGCCGAAACCACCAUCAAGAGAUGACCCUAUGGAGUCAAUACAGUUUAAUGGAAUAGAUGCUUAUCUGGUCAUAAAAAGAAAAUUCCAGGCAACAUUCUUCUGUGAAAUGGAUAUUUUCAACUUUCCAUUUGAUAGGCAAAGCUGUGAGGCUGUUAUCUCCAUAAGAACACAAGGUGGGAACAACAGCAUAAGGCUGGUACCCUCUGAGAAUACCUUACCUGUUGAGUACAACGGCCCACGCAAUCUGAAACUAUUCAACCUGGGUGAUAUAAGUUGGUAUACUGGGAUGAAGGGUAGAAAAAGCUUGUUCCACAUCAGAAUAGAUUUGAUUAGAUUAUACUCACAGCUCAUCCUCUCAAUUUUCCUUCAAACCUUUAUACUCUGGAUACUGGCUUUCCUGUCCUUCUUUAUCAAGGUUAGUUUUUAA